AUGUCAGAAGACACAACAUAUUUAUUUUAUGAAUACUUAUUACAUAGUCAUGGAUACCCAUCUGAUUUAGAAACAAUUUUAAAAGAACCAGAAGGGAGAAUAGAUAAAAUUAUUCAAUUAACAGAAGAAUUUGUAAAAGGAUUUUUACAUGAAAGAAUAACAUCAUUACCACCACAAAAACCUAAACGAUUGCAGAUGUUACAAUCUAUAGUAAAAAAUGAAUAUAUUACGUACCGUGUAAUUGGACAUGUUCAUUCAAUAUUUUCAGAACUAAAUGGAACUCCAAGACAAGGACUUUUAUCACCAACAACACGAGCAUAUAUUGAAUUUGAAAAAUGGGUAAUACCAGAAGUAGCAGUGAAAGGAAUAGAAGAGUAUUCUCAUUUAAUUAUUUUAUUUAAAUUUCAUUUAAAUAAGAAUCAUGUAUAUCAUCCAUUAGUCCAUCCACCCAAAAGAGGGAAAAAGACAUCAGUUUUUACAACAAGAUCACCACAUAGACCGAAUAAUAUUGGACUGACUGUUUCAUUAAUUGAUAAAUUUGAGAACAAUAAAUUAUAUCUAAAAGGAAUUGAUCUUGUAGAAGGAACACCAAUUGUCGAUAUCAAACCAUAUAUCUUUGCAGAUUCCAUACCAAUAAAACAAAUUAAACAACCAGAAUGGUUAUGUCGUUCAUCUCAUGCAGAAAAAAUUAAUGUUGAAAUUGAUGAAAAAGUAAUAACAAAAAUGAAAGAGUUAAUUAAUAAAUUAGAGUUUUAUAAAACUCUUGAAGAAUAUAUUGAAGUUGUAAAAGAAGUAUUAUCACUUGAUAUUAGAAGUGUUCAUAUGCAGUCAAAACAUGAAAUUAAAAGAUAUGGAGUUUUAAUAGAUAAAAUAAAUAUUAUAUUUUGUUAUGAAGAGAAAGGGAUAAAAGUAAUUGAUGUUGAAUAUAUUGAAUGUCCUGGUAAAUAUUCUAAAAUAAAGAAAUAA